AAAUAAAACAUUGGUUUGUUUACAAAUGUAGCGGCAGUCUGUCCCAAGGAAUUUUCAUUUCCCUGAAUGCUGAGUAGAUACAGUAUUGUGACCUGCACACUAUCAGCGCUACUUGGAAGUUUUAAAACUACGUCUAGUAGUCAUCUCAGGAGAAAUUGUCAGCAGUUCAAUCCAUUUGGAUUUUCUAACCAGACGUGUUGGAUAUCAUCCCGAGCAGUAUCCAGUAUGAAGGGGAGGACGGUACAGAAGGCGGUACUGUCGGUGGAGCAGGAUGAGGGAGUGGGGGCAAGAGUCCGGCGAAGCAUAGGGAGGCCAGAGUUGAAAAAUUUUGACCCAUUCCUGAUGCUGGAUGAAUUCAAAGGAAAGGCACCAGGGGGAUUCCCUGACCAUCCACACAGAGGAUUUGAGACAGUCACAUAUGUCUUGAAAGGGUCAAUGAGACAUGAAGACUUUUGUGGUCACAAGGGGAUAAUUCAGGAUGGAGAUUUACAGUGGAUGACAGCUGGCCGAGGAAUUGUACAUUGCGAGAUGCCACAUGGAGAGGGGGAGGUACACGGACUACAGCUCUGGGUCAACCUGGCCAAGAAAUACAAAAUGAUUGAACCAGCUUAUCAGGAGCUGAAGGACAAGGACAUCCCAAGGACAACCAAAAAUGGGGUCACGGUCAAGGUCAUUGCUGGGGAAGCUUUUGGCAUAAAAUCUAAGGUAUACACACGCACCCCUACAAUGUAUCUAGACUUUAAGCUGGAUCCUGGAUCUAAACUAGAACAACCAAUUCCUUCUGGCUGGAGGUCUUUCUUGUACAUCCUGUCUGGCAAAGCCAAGUUUGGUCCAGCAGGAAAUCAGAAGGAACAUGAAGCUCAUCACACAGUGACCUUCAACGACGACGGAGACAGUAUACAGGUCGAGAACUCGGGGUCAACAGAAUGUCAUUUAGUAAUGAUUGCUGGAGAACCAAUCAAAGAGCCUGUUUUUCAGUAUGGUCCCUUUGUCAUGUCUUCAGAGGAGGAACUUCACCAGGCCAGAAAGGAUUAUCAGUUUGGGAGGAAUGGAUUCGAAAAUGCGCAUACUUGGAAUUCUUUUAUUGUCACUGAGGAUGAAAGUUGAUAUCUUUUGAUGACACUUUUUAGCUCACCUGAGCCAAACUCAAGUGAACUUUUCUGACUCAGAAGUACCCCAUCUGUUGUGUGCCAUCUGUUUUAUGUAAACAUUUCACCUUGAUGUUUUCAACUUCUCUCCAAAAGGACAGGACCGAUUUCAAUCAAACUUGCCACAAAGCAUCCCUGGGUAAAAGAGAUUCAAAUUUGUCAAAUAAAGGGCCUGGCAUACUAUCCUAAUUUUUAAGGGGAGAUAAGAAACGGUGAACAUUUUGAUGGGGUUAUUGAUUACCUUGCCAUGUCUUCUGAUUGAUUACAAUUAAUGACAAUAUUUUUUCAUAUUCUUUGUGGUGAUUUAUGUAGAUGAAUGACAUUGGCUCCCUGAAUUUAUAUACAAUCUUAUAAUGUUUUUUCUAGUUCUGUUUUUAUAUUUAUUGAACAAUUGAUAUACAUGUAUGAAUGUCACUUUAAAAGUUUACCAGACUUAAAGUGUUGGUAGUUAGAUAUAAAUUCAGAAUAGUGUAUAAGUAUUUCAACAAAAUGUUUGUUUCUUUAUACAUUACUAUGCAUACAUAGUACACCCUUGCUAUAAAUAAUCAUUACAUACAGGUUAUGAUAGGCAACACCAAUAAAAAUUGUAUUCAGCUAAUCUCAAAUUAUACUUGUGUCCAACAA